UGUAGUGCUGCAGUGGAGAGAAGUGAGGAGACUGCAGUCUUUGCUUACGGGGUAGAAAUGUUGGCAGAGGCGUGAGCGAGAACGAGGAUCUUCUAACACUUGGUGGAUGGGACGGGAGGGGGACACCAGCACCCCCAAAUAGGACGGGAGGGGGACACCAGCACCCCCAAAUAGGACGGGAGGGGGACAUCAGCACCCCUUAUAGCUACCUCUGACUGAGACGCCACGCCUCGUCUCUUCUAGCCAUGAAGUUCAACCUGUUCAGAAGGCCACAGGCCGUGGCACCCGCCGAGCCCACCGGCGCCACUACCGUCACCAUGGCUCCGACUCUGGCCGUCAUCUCCACCGUGGCAGAAAACUCAGGCUCCAACAACAACACGGAAAUCAACAAGAACGACAUGUUCGAGGAGAUCAAGAGCAAGUUCUUGAAUGAAAUUGACAAAAUUCCAUUGCCCCCGUGGGCUCUGAUCGCCAUCGCCGUGGUGGCCGCUUUGCUGGUCCUUACUUGCUGCUUUUGCAUCAUCAAGAAGUGCUGCUGCAAGAAGAAAAAAAACAAGAAGGGCAAGAAAGGCAAGGAUGGCUUCAACAUGAAGAACAUGGAAGGCGGUGAGAAACCUCAGGAUGACGACGAUGACGAGGGAGAGACGGGACUCACGGAGGAGGAGAAGGAGGAAGAGGAGAAGGAGCAGGAGAAGCUGGGGAAGCUGCAAUAUUCCAUCGAUUACGACUUUGAGAACACCAAGCUCACCGUCGGCAUUCUCCAAGCUGCAGACCUCAUGUCCAUGGAUUCGGGGGGAACCUCUGACCCGUACGUGAAAGUCCUGCUAUUUCCUGACAAGAAGAAGAAGUAUGACACCAAGGUCCACAAGAAAACUCUCAACCCAGUCUUCAACGAGACGUUUGUCUUCAAGGUACCCUAUGAGGAGCUCGGUGGGAAAACUUUGGUGAUGUCCGUUUAUGACUACGAUCGCUUUUCAAAACAUGACGUCAUCGGAGAGGUGAAGAUCCCCAUGAACACCAUCGACCUCGGGAGGCCCAUUGAGGAGUGGCGGGAUCUGGAGAGCGCCGACCAAGAGGAGCCUGAGAAACUUGGGGACAUCUGCAUUUCCCUCCGCUACGUCCCCACUGCUGGUAAACUCACCGUUUGCAUCCUGGAGGCCAAGAACCUGAAGAAGAUGGAUGCCUGUGGAUUGUCCGAUCCCUAUGUGAAGAUCCAGCUGCUGCAGGGCGGUAAACGUCUGAAGAAGAAGAAGACCACGGUGAAGAAGAACACCCUCAAUCCGUACUACAAUGAAUCCUUUAGCUUUGAAAUACCACUGGAACAGAUGCAGAAAAUCCUUGUGGCAGUCACGGUGUUUGACUAUGACAAGAUUGGCAAGAACGACGCCAUCGGUAAGAUCUUUGUGGGCAGCAAGGCAACCGGCCUCGGUCUCAAGCACUGGUCCGACAUGCUGGCCAACCCGCGCCGCCCCAUCGCCCAGUGGCAUGCUUUACAGCCGGAGGAAGACAUCGACGGUCAGCUGGCCUCCUUGGCGGCCAAGAAGUAACCCGGUCGCACCUUCUUACUGAAACAUUGCAUGACAUAACCCAAGACCACUUUGACAAAAAAAAACUGACUCAAUAGAAAAUCAUUCAGUUGGACAAACAUUACGGACAGACUGAAUGGUGGACUUUUAAGUCUUUCUUUCCAGACUGAGCUCAGCUUUUAGUUUAGUCAAAAGAGCAUGGUUCACCCCGCCUACUAACUACCCCCAUACUAGAUGUGCUAAAACAACAGCAAUAAAAAGCAAUUUGGUUUGGUCCUUUUUCUUUCAAACAAAAAGAAAAAACUUUAGAAAUCCCGAUGGUUUUUAAGUUUGUCUGUCUGCGCAUUGAGUUUGAUCAAGGUAGACACUGAGAAUUUUUUGUUUUCAAAGCAAGACGUAGGCAGGGAUGAUUGUUGUGCCAACGACCGCAUGGAUGUAGAACCUCACGCACCCUAGACUGGGCACACACUCCAGACUGAGUCACACUGGUUCCUGAUCACUCAACAUACCCAAGUCUUGAUAUUGAAGGCUCAUACCAGGUUGACACCAGAAGGUGGUGCUUAGAGUGGACCAAGGUCCUUUCUUGCCUCAAUUCUGGCAAAUCCACCAAUAUGGAGACACAAACCCACCUUGGAACCAACCACCAGCUAGUUGAGCCCACCCUGUGUAUACCCCCAGCAGAUUUGUUAAAAAUCAGUCUUCACUACACAUCUUAAAAGCUUAAAAACUACCCAGCAGUCGACUGUAGAAGUGGGCUGUUGUCGAAUCUUCUCAGUAAUUUCUCAAAAUGUGAGUGUAAAUGCUAACUUUUAAGAUGUGUAAUGUAAAGUUAGCCUUUAUUUCCACGUUGGGAAGAGUAUGUCUUCCGGCUGGCCUGGGAACACCUCGGGUUCCCCCGGCAGGAACUGGACGAAGUAGUUGGAGAGAGAGAAGUCUGGGCUUUUCUGCUAAGGCUGCUGCCCCCGUGACUUGGAUAAGCGGAAGAAAAUGGAUGGAAGUUACCUUUAUUUAUAAAAAGCAGGUAAAGAUUGUCUGGAGCGUGGACUAACACAGCUCGUUAGCAUUAAAGCUACGGACACACACGACAAGGUGUGUUUGCCUGACUUUAAACUCUCGAAAUUCCAGCGUCAAGGUUACAUUUUGGCCAAUACACAUUUCCAUUUUAAGCGCAAAUAAAAAUAAAGCUUCACUACUUAAGUCACAAAUUUUGCACUCAAGAAACUUCUCCAGACAUCUUCUGUUUGAUAUUGUCAUUCCUGCCACAAGUGGUGGAAAAGUGUAUUACAAGGGUGUACCAAUGCGACCCAUGCAGACCACAGCUAAAAAAAAAUAUGUUUGGCGGCCCUCUAGAGCUUCCGUGCUGUCAUACCAUGGGCCCUGGCCCUAUGGUUAAGAACGCAUAUAACGCCUAUUUUGGGCACUAAGCGUGAAAAGGGCUGGAACAGGACGGCGUUAGGAAAGGAGGACAAAAUACAGUAGGUAAGUUUGCCGACAAACUCGAGUAUGUAAACUGGGAGACCCGGGGAGGGUAAACCAGGAGACCUGGGGAGGGUCGGUACGUAAACCAGGUCAGCUAGGGAGGGUGGGUACAUAAACCAGGAGACCCGGUGAGGUUGAGUACGUAAACCAGGAGACCUGUAAAGUGUGGUUAUGUAAACCAAGAGCCCUAGAGAGGGUGGGUACAUAAACCAGGAGACCCGGUGAAAUUGGAUACGUAAAUCAGGAGACCCGGGGAGGGUGGGUGUGUAAAACAGAAGACCCGGGGAGGAUGGGUACAUAAACUGGGAGACCCGGGGAGGGUGGGUACGUCUACUAGGAGACCCGGGGAGGGUGGGUACGUAAACCAGGAGGCCCGGAGAGGGUGGGUAUGUAAACCAGGACCACCGGGGAGGGUCGGUACCUAAACCAGGAUAGCUGGGGAGCAAGGGUACGUAAACCAGGAUACCCAGGAAGGGUGGUACGUAAACCAGGAGGCCCGGAAUGUGUGGUUAUGUAAACCAGGAGACCUGGAGAGGGUGGCUACGUAAACCAGGAGACCCGGUGAGGUUGGCUACGUAAACCAGGAAACUCAGAAAGUGUGGUUAUGUAAACAAAAGAGCAGGGGAGGGUGGGUGUGUAAACCGGGAGACUCGGGGGGAUAGUACGUAAAUCAGGAGACCCGGCGAGGGUGGGUACGUAAACCAGGAUACUUGGGUAGGAUGGAUAUGAAAACCAGGAGACUCGGGGAGGUAUGUAAACCAGGAGACCCGGGGAGAGUGGGUAUGGAAACCAGGAGACCGGGGGAGGGUGGGCUCUGUGACUGGCCAAAGGUUGGUGCAGGUUUCAAGUGCCGAAGGGCUGAGAUUGGGUCUUUUGGGGUAAGUUGUCAGCAGUCAUCAGGCAUGUAGCCAAGUCUUCCAUAAAACACACAACGUGACCACUUUCAGGACUUUGUGGAGCAGCAACAACUCACUCAUGCUAGCCUUUCAAAAUAAAAGAGUGUUGCCCAGUUUAAAGUGUGAGUCAGGUUCACUAACUGGAGACGUUCAAAACAAGAGCUUUCAUUUUAACGUUCACCAGUCUGGGUAAAUGAAAUCAUCUUUGGUAAAGGCGGUGAAGAUGAGAACUAGCCAGGGACUAACCAAGCUGUGGAAUGUAGCAUGCCUCGCAGCUUCUCCCCGUCGUCAUGGAAACGCUGCCCCAUCAUCCAAGCCAAAGAGCAGACUAGAUGCUAACCUUCAUCAAGAAGCAAAAGCCUUUUUCUCUCUUUCACGGUGGCCAUGUUGGCACCAGACUCCAGGACAUCAGACUUCCUGCAUCAGACUCACUUGUGAAUAGUCCAGCGCAUGUGUGUACACCAUUAUGUAAAUAUCAGCAAGCUAUCUUCUUCUGUAUCGGUCCUUGUCUCCUCUCGUCUUUUUGGGAUAAUAAAACAGCUGGAGAAGAACUGUGA